AUGGUGAAAAAUGAAUGUGUGCCCAUACAUGCAGACUGUAGUGCUGCAAUUAAGGCCUACAUUGACGUUGGGGAUCCUCAUAUGGCAAUUAGGAUAUGGAGAUGCAUGGUUGAAAAUUAUAGUUCGGAUUUGGAGGAAACGAGCAAUUUGUUGGUUUUGAGGCUUCGAGACAUCAACUGGGUUCCAGAAGCAGUUAAAUUUGCUGAGGAUGUCAUUGAAAGAGGAAUCAAGUUGAGCUCUGCGACACUGUCAAAGUUGAAACAAUCCCUAGGUAAAUUGGGGAAGACAUUUGUUUAUGAGGAACUUUUACAGAAGUGGAAAACUCAUUAG